AUGCAGAAGCCUACCACAAACUACGACACAGACGAGGAAAAGGUCUCCUUGGAUGACGGCGUGAGAUCUUCCCUGUCAGAAUCAUGGAAGGAGCACUCGAGUGGACGAUCCAGCGAAGAAUUUACACACAAACCGACGGACGGAAUUCUAGAAGUCGACGAUCGUGAUGUGGAAUCCCAAGGAAUCAUCGCUCCGGAGAACUACGUAUCGACACAAGCGAAGCUGCUUUUCCUGGCCGCAUACAUGACCUUGAAUCUGUUCCUCACGCUGUCCAACAAAGCUGUGUUGACCAGGGCUCGUUUUCCAUGGCUCCUCACCGCAUUGCAUGCUUCCGCGACAUCGAUCGGUUCUCUUGCCAUGCUCGGGACUGGCUAUUUGAAGCUCAGUCACCUCGGGAAGAGAGAGCAGAUGGUUCUCGUUGCCUUCUCGCUUCUAUUCACGAUCAACAUUGCAAUCUCCAACGUCUCCCUGGCCAUGGUUUCCGUUCCCUUCCAUCAAAUCAUGCGAUCGACAUGUCCAGUGGUCACGAUCUUGAUCUACCGCUGGGUUUACGGACGAGAGUAUGCGACAAUGACAUACUUCACCAUGAUUCCGCUCAUCUUCGGGUGUGCGGUUGCGACUGCUGGAGACUACAAUGCUACGAUUCUUGGCUCUGCCUUGACUCUACUGGGAGUCGUUCUGGCAUCGGUAAAGACUGUGGCAUCCAACCGACUCAUGACCGGUUCCCUCAAGCUAUCGGCGCUGGAGAUCCUGCUACGAAUGUCGCCGCUCGCCGCCAUCCAAUGCGUUGCAUAUGCGUUCAUGACUGGCGAGGUCAGUAAGCUCCGAACAGCCUACCUCGAUGGAACAUUCUCGACAGAUUUCGGCGCACACUUACUGAUCAACGCAAUCACGGCGUUCCUCCUCAACAUAGUGGGAUUCCAGGCCAACAAAAUGGCCGGCGCGCUGACGAUCACCGUGUGUGGCAACGUCAAGCAAGCCCUUACGAUUCUGUUCGGAAUCGUGUUGUUUCAUGUGGAGGUUGGUGUGGUCAACGGCAUUGGCAUGAUCAUCACAAUCUUGGGUGCGGUCUGGUACAGCAAGGUGGAACUGGACAAUAAGCAGGCGAAGCCGUGA